AUGACAUCUCAGGACCCGGCUUACACUGAAUCUAUACGCACGUCCGUACAUUCGAAGUUUUCAGAGUCUUGCAAGGUUUACAAAAGCUGCAAGGCGUCAAUAUUGGACCUAGUUCAGAUUGAAAGACAGAAGCUGGAAAGUGCCACACAGCAGAAAAGACCUGAAGCAAAAGUCGUAGAUGAAAGUGGUUACGCCUUAAAAGUUCCUCCUUGUGAUACGGAGUGCUUUAGCGGUGGCUAUGACAAAUGGCCUAGUUUUAGGGAUAUGUUUACGGCCAUUUAUACUAAACAUCCCAAGCUAUCGGCAGCACAGAAACUGUUCCAUCUCAGGGCCAAGACUCGCGGUGAGGCCAAUCAAAUUGUAAAACAAUUUGCGCUCACCGAUAACAAUUUCGACUUAGCAUGGGAGUCCUUACGGCAACGGUAUGAAAACCAUCGUAUUCUUGUCAAUCAUCAACUGAGGAAAAUUUUCGAAAUCGAUAAUGUGACUUCGGAAAGGGGAAAAGCUCUCAGGAAUCUACAAUACACUGUAAAUAACUGCCUUGCGGUCUUAAAAACUUAUAAUAUUUCGGUAAUGUCAUGGGAUCCCUUCCUAGUGUAUUGGGUUUCUUCGAAACUGCCGGAAGAAACUUUAACAGCAUGGGAAAAUUCGAUUCAUGACCACAAGAGGAUGCCAACCUGGUGCCAGUUAGAUGAUUUUAUAUCGAAACGGUGGAACAUGUUGGAAUCGAUUUCCGACAUGAGGAAACCUUCCAGUACUUCAUCGACUGCCAAUAGGUCACAGAGUUUCCACACUAAAACUGACGCGACCUACCGUCCGUGCAAAGUAUGUCGCCAAAACCAUGCUUUAAGAGCCUGUCCCAAGUUCAAAUCGUGGUCGCUUAGCGAGAAGCAAAGAUUUGUAACUUCUAAUAAGGUCUGUGAGAACUGUCUCUCUUACGGUCAUAGCGAACAGAACUGUCAAAGCGAAAAUGUUUGUCAAAAAUGUCAUAGAAAACAUCAUACCAUGCUACAUCCAGAAACAAAUGAAGCGCAGAAUCGUAAUGAGAAUACGAGGCCAAUGAACGUAGAGGCUGGCUCCAACCAACGGGUACCUCAAAAUCAGUCAGCAUCCUUCCAUAUAGAUACAUAUUAUGAUGAACAUCCAUCAACGUCGGAGGCCGCAUACCCAGCGCCAUUCAAUGUCCAAUCGCAUUUCCAUGACUCCGGAGAAGGAACUGUCUUGCCUACUGCCUUGGUAGAAAUAGACCAUUUAAAUACACUUUUUACUGUUAGAGCAUUCAUCGAUCAGGGUUCUCAGGAAUCAUUCAUUUCAAAUAGGAUAAUUAAUAGACUAUCGAUUCCUACCAAGAAAUCCUUGACAAGAAUAUCAGGACUAGGAGGAAUUGUUCUUGAGAACUCCUCCAAACUGUGUCAUAUAACAUUGAAGGCACGAACAUCUGAUUUUAGACUGCGCACAUCGGCCAUAGUUGUUUCGGGCUUAAAUCACCUUAUGCCAGGGGUUCCAACACCGGUUUUAGACUGGUCGAGAUUGAACCGCCUGGAACUAGCUGAUCCAACCUUCUUUAAACCUGGGUCCAUAGAUAUGCUAUUAGGUAGCGACGUUUUGCCGUCGAUUAUCAAAUCUGGUGUCCAAAAGAACAUCUCAGGCAACCUAUUGGCACAAAAUACUGAAUUUGGUUGGUUGGUUAGUGGUCCGCUGAAGACUCGUGCGGUUUCAGUUUUCGCUUCCUGGAUAACGUCUCCUGACACGCUGAAUGAGGACAUUCGGAAAUUUUGGGAGAUAGAGGAGGUUCCUGUUUCAAAACCUGUGUCCGAAAUUGAUGCCUGGUGUGAGGAGUUUUACCGGAGAACCACAACUCGCCUGCCAGACGGAAAAUACAUGGUCAGACUGCCAUUUCAACAAGACCUCCCCUCUGAAAUGAUUCUCGGGUCUUCGAGACGCGCCGCAAUGGGACAAUUCCUUAGAAUGGAGAAAACUUUAGCAAAUUCUCAUGCGCUAUCAUCCGAAUAUUCUAAGGUUCUAUUCGAAUAUUUGACUCUAGAACAUAUGGAGCUGGCCCCACCAGUUGAAAUACAUGAGAAUUCUCGAUAUUCCUCCUUUUACUUACCACAUCAUGCUGUAAUAAGACCUGAGAGCGCAUCCACCAAAGUAAGGGUGGUUUUUAACGCUUCCAAAAAAUCUUCCACCGGCGUUUCUCUAAAUGACAUUUUGUGUACCGGCCCGACUCUUCAAAAUGACUUAAUGAAUGUAAUACUACGCUGGCGAUUCUACAAAUAUGUUUUCAAUGGCGACAUCGAAAAGAUGUAUCGCCAAAUUUACAUUCAUGAAGAUGACAGGCCAUUCCAAAAAAUACUGUUUCGGAAAUCGUCCUCUGAGGAAAUUCAGGACUUUUAUCUGAAAACUGUUACAUUUGGUGUAAACUGCGCACCUUAUUUAGCAAUACGAACGUUAUUGCAACUGAGUGAAGAGGGGAAGGCUACGCAUCCAAAAGCUGCAGACAUUCUUCAGCAUCAAAUUUAUGUAGACGAUAUAUUGUCUGGCGGGCACACAGUAACAGAAGCGCGAACCUACAUUUUGGAGCUGAUAGAUUUGUUAAGUUCUGCUGGAUUCCCAUUAAAGAAAAUGACUGCAAAUCACCCUUCGAUACUCCAACAUUUACCCCCCGAGGAUCUUCUAACCGAAGACUUUUUAAAAUUUGAGGAGACCAGCGAAACAAAAACGUUAGGCAUACGAUGGAAUGCCAUGACUGAUCAAUUUUUCUAUAAGAUAACGAAUAUAUCUGUUCCUUCGUCCCCAAUAACCAAGAGGAAAAUCUUGUCAAUUGUUGCAAAGCUUUUCGAUCCAGCAGGCUGGCUGUCUCCAAUCAUUGUAUUGGCUAAAAUUCUAAUGCAGCAACUUUGGAUAGAUGGGACCGAAUGGGAUGAGGAGGUCAAACCGCAUUCUUUAGAAAAAUGGGAUAUAUUCAUAUCUAAUCUCCCCGAGAUAGAAAACUUGAAAAUCCCUCGUUGGAUACGUUACUCUCCUGAGGCCAACAAGGUUUCUGAAAUCUUGGACAACGUUGGUAACGUCAGCUGGAGACAUGUUCCAACUAAUGAAAAUCCGGCCGACAUAGGCACUCGUGGAUGUACCGCAACCAAACUUAAUGAAAAUCCUUUGUGGUGGCAUGGCCCACCUUGGCUAGUAAAAUCGACGGAAUAUUGGCCAAAACAAACCACGUACAAAGAACCAACACUGGAAAGGAAAAUUGUGGUGUGUCAAACACAAGUUCAUGCACAAGAGGUACUAGAACGGUUUUCAUCUUUGGAUCGAGCACUACGAGUCAUUUGUUUUAUGUUUCGAUUUAUUCGAAAAUGUCAGAAACGAUAUGAUGGCCAUAUCCAAGCUAAUUUUAUUACAUCUCAGGAAAUUCAUUUUGCGAAAUACAGACUGAUCCAACUCGCCCAGAUGUCACACUUUCCUGCAGAAUAUCAGGCCGUAGAAUCUCGCCAAGCCAUAAAUUCUAAAAGCAGGCUUUUGACACUGAACCCGUUUUUAGAUGAAGGUGGACUGUUGCGUGUCAACGGCCGCCUAGCGAAUUCGGACCUGAGUUACAAUGAGCGCUUUCCCAUAAUACUGCCUGAAAAUUCGAAAUUUUGUAAACUAUUUAUCGAUUUUACGCACAAAAUCCUAUUACAUGCUGAACACCAAACCAUGCUGCGUAACAUUCGGCAAGAGUUUUAUGUUAUUCGCUUGAAAAGUGCAAUACGACACUGCGUUCGAAACUGUAAGAUAUGCACUGUGUACAAGCACAAGGUUAGAAACCAAAUAAUGUCUGCCCUACCCGCUGAAAGGUGUACUUUCUCUUUACCUUUUACUCACACGGGAAUCGAUUUUGCUGGACCAUUCGAAUUAAAGACGUCCAAAAUUCGAAACGCCAAACUACAAAAGGGUUAUGCUGCAAAUUUUGUUUGCUUAUCGACGCGUGCUGUUCACUUAGAGGCCUGUUCGGAUUUAUCGACUGAAGCUUUCCUCUCCACUUUUAAUCGCUUUGUAGGAAGAAGGGGUUUCCCUAAAAAGGUUUUUUCCGACAACGGAACUAACUUCAUAGGUGCAAAUAGAACCCUUGUGAGGGAGUUCAAGGAAUUUCUGAAAGCUUCUGAAAAAUCUGUUAUUGAGAAAUAUGGUAUGCACGGGUUUUCUUGGCACUUCAUACCGCCCCACGCUCCACAUAUGGGAGGCUUGUGGGAGGCGGCUGUGAAGAGUAUGAAAACACAUUUUCGAAAGGUUGCCUCGAACAUGAAGUUCACAUUUGAGGAGUUUUCCACCCUUUUAGUGCGAAUUGAGAGUGUACUGAACUCGCGACCACUGUCUCCUAUCAGCGAAGACCCCACUGAUCUUAUUCCACUGACUCCUGGCCACUUAAUUAGAGGGGCCGCUUUGAUGGCCAUACCUGAGGAAUACUCAGAUAAUUUAUCGUUGAUGAAUCGUUGGCAAAGACUGAAAACUUUGCAAAUACUGUUUGCUAAGAGGUGGAAAAAUGAAUAUGUAUCAGAAUUACAAAGAAGAUACAAAUGGAAGACUACUCAGCUUAAUUUGGAAAAAGACGAUUUUGUUGUCGUCAAAGAUGACAAUCUUCCCCCCACGGAGUGGUGUCUGGGAAGAGUAUUAAAAGUUUUCACUGGAAAAGACUCCAAGGUUCGUGUUGCGGAAAUACGCACACAGAAUGGAACACUUAUUCGUCCUUUAGUUAAACUAUGCAUUCUACCCAAAGCCUAG